AUGAAGAUUAAGAACGCUCUCAUCCAAUCUCUUCUUCUUGGAUUCACUGCCUAUUCUCCUGUGUAUGCUGCCGUUGACUGGAAAAGCCAGUGUACGCGCACUGCCAUAACAAAAGAAUGGUCCGAAUUCCGUUCCGAGUUGGGUGAUAGUCUCGACUAUGUUGCAGAAAAAUUUAGUGACGAGACUCGCGGAAAACUUGAGGCGCUUCUUGGACCGAAUUUGGAUAUUCCCGAAGUUUUGGAUUUUAAUCUUUUGUUUAAAAUUUUCGAUAUUACUGGGUCCGAGUAUCUGGAAGUGUACCUUGCCUCCAUAAUCGAGUACUACGAGAUUGAUAAUCCCUGCACUAUCCCCGGCUCCCCCAUUAUUACGCCAAACCCCGACGAGAACGACGACACUCCCAAAAUUACUCCCGUUCCUACUCCCGUCCCCGAACUUACUCCUGUCCCUACUCCUGUCCCUGAAAUUACCCCUGUCCCUACACCUAAUCCCGAGGAAAGCGAUGGCUAUACUAACAGCUCCACUGAGAGCUCCACAGACAACUCCACUGAAAGCUCCACUGAAAGCUCUACCGACAGUACCACCGAGAGCUCUACUGAAAGAUUUACCGACAACUCUACCAAGACUACAGAGACCACGGAGACCAAUGGAUAUACAACUAGCUCCGCGCCCGUUGUUAACAAGUGCACCAAUCCAGCCACUAUCACUUAUAUUAGACCCCGCGCUCUUCCUACAUUUGUCUAA